AAUUUUCUUUUGUUGAGACAUUUGCAACAGAAUUACAGUCAUUGUUUGACACUCUGUAAGAAGUGUUAUACAUCUACCGUCAGAAUUAAGACUUGACAUUCUUUUCACUGAUACGUCAAUCAAACCAUGCACUCCAACCUCAGAUUAAUUUUUACGUUAUUGUUUUACCUGUUUACCCGUCGAGCAAUGGCAGCUGGCCUCAAGGUCCUACCACUACUAAGCCCAAACAUAACGAUAAAUUCAUCGGUAACGGGCAACACGUGGAACUAUGACGAGUCUGUCGAAUGGCCAAUUCGUAUCUCAACAUGUGGAGGCAAACACCAAUCUCCCAUCAACAUUGAUCCCCGUAAAGUCCUUGUUGUGAAUUAUCCAAAACUGUCGUUUGGUUUUUACGAUAAGGUGUUUCCCGAAACUGUCACCAAUAACGGCCACACAGUUACGCUUCAGAUUGACACGAGAGAGGAAAAUAAUUAUCUUCCGUAUAUUGAGAACGGAGGAUUGUUGGACCGUUACGUUUUCUAUCAACUUCAUUUCCACUGGGGCAGCAAAAACCAUAAGGGCAGUGAACAUCGUAUAGCCAACAAAAGAUUUCCGGCCGAACUUCACAUGGUUCAUUUCAGUCAGAAAUACGAUAAUUUCACAGAAGCUUCGAAACAUUCAGACGGGCUGGCUGUUCUCGCUGUUCUAAUAGAGAUGGAGAAGAGAGAUAACAUUGCCUUCCGUCAUAUUGAACAUUUUGAUGAAAUUUCACGACCUUCUGCUAAUCGAGGAAACUCUAGCGUAUCGAACCUUACAAAUCCAGUCGCGUUGGAGGAUCUGAUUCCCGACAAUCCAUUCACUUUUUAUCGUUACAACGGAUCGUUAACGACUCCGUUGUGCAACGAAGUUGUCAUAUGGACUGUUUUCGACACCCCAAUAGCUCUCUCUGAACGCCAGAUGAAUGAAUUUAGAAACCUAUUUGACGAGGAAGGUCAUCACCUGACAGAUAAUUUCCGACCUGUACAAUCCAUUCACGAUCGACUGGUAACUUAUCGCAAUAACAAAACGGUUUAACUAAGUUAAUCCGGCAUCCAAAUGGAUAACGCCUAUUAAAUUUGUAUGACAAGUGUAAUUAUCCUCACUAAUCGAUUUGUAAAGACAUGUACCUCCACAACAGAUUUAUAUUUCUUCCAGGAAUACGAAUAAUAAAUGUAAAUUUUGCAUUUUAA